GGCGGCAGCGGGGUGACUUUCAGGCAUGGCGCAGGCCGCGCAGAAGCUGGUGCAGCGCCUCACCACCCGCGGGCCUCAGCUGCUGAGCGCUGCUGUGGCGUACUCGAAGCCUCGCCUGGCCACGUUCUGGUACUACGCUAAGGUCGAGCUUGCACCUCCAACACCCGGUGAGAUCCCCAAGGCCAUCGACAGCAUGAAGGCCAUGGUCAGGAGCUUUCAGUCCGGCCGCCUGGCGCAGCUCACGGUCAGGGAAGCGCUGAGGAACGGUUUGGUGGCCACAGAGGUGCUGAUGUGGUUUUACAUUGGUGAGAUCAUAGGCAAACGAGGCCUGAUUGGAUACAAUGUUUGAAGACUCGACCUCAGUAACACAGCGUUUGCUGCUGCGGCCCUGAGCCUGUAACACAAAUAAAGCCAGGAGCUGAUGUAGA